AACAGCAGAAAUGGAAAGUUUCUUUCUUAUUUGUCUUUCAUUUUCUCUCUUCCUCACUCAGCACAGUAGUUUCACUAGAGGGGCCUAUGACAUGGAGUGCAAUUUUGGUUUGAAUUAUGGAACACAAGGAGACAAUCUUCCAACACCAGACAAAGGACUAAACCCUCUAAGACAAGUUGUUUGGAGACUUCGUUUAUUCUCGCCGGAUCAUGCUAUCCUAAAUUAUCUUAACAGUUCUGACAGCGGCAUAGUCGUCUUGUCUAUCGGAACGUUCAAUGAAGAUAUCGAAAAGAUCGCGGUCGACCAGAACUACGCAAAUUCAUGGGUACAACAAAACAUAGUUCCUUUCUCAGAGAUAACUUUUAGCCACAUCGUUGUUGGCAAUGAAGUUAUCCCUGGUCCAAUAGCUAAUUUUGUCGUUCAAGCCAUGAUAAACAUGGAGAAAGCUAUAAAGGAGUGUACUGGACAUGAUAUAUACGUAACUACAUCGGUGUCCAUGAAUGUGCUUGGAACGUCCUACCCACCUUCAGCUGGGGAAUUCCGGGAAGAUUCUAUGACGGUAAUGAGAGGCGUCGUACAUUUCUUACAAACCGGGGGUUACCCACUGUUUAUAAAUGUUUACCCUUAUUUCGCCUACGCUAAUAAUCCUGCAGACAUUAGGCUGGACUAUGCAUUGUUCAAUACUACUGAUAUUGUUGUUCAAGAUGGAGAUCUUCAAUACAACAAUUUGUUUUAUGCGAUGGUCGAUUCAUUGAUUUGGGCUGUAGAGAAAGCACAAGGACCAGAUGUUGAAAUUGUUGUGAGUGAAACCGGUUGGCCAUCCGCUGGGAACGGUGAUAUAACGACUGUAGAACAUGCUCGGAUCUAUGUUAACAAUUUGAUCGCUACACAAAUGAAAUCAGGGACGCCGAAGAGACCACAACACGCUAUGAAGACGCAUAUAUUUGCCAUGUAUAACGAAAAUCUAAAACCUGAAGGAGUUGAAAGAAAUUUUGGAAUCUAUCGACCUGACUUAUCAGAAGUAUAUCAUGUAGACUGGCCUAAAUGGAGUGGACGCUGUAACUUAGGAAAUAUAUAAAUCAAGUGAUGUUUAAGAAAUGUGUGCUUUCUUAUUAUACCGCAAAACCAUGACUGUAAUGUCUACAUACAUCU